AUGGCCCCCUCAGCGGCGUCCGGCGUCAGCAGCCUGCCUAGCGGUUUCGCUGUCUUCACCACCUUCCCGGACCUGCUCUUCAUCUUUGAAUUUGUCUUUGGGGGGCUGGUGUGGAUCCUGAUCUCCUCGUCCCACGUGCCUAUCCCCCUAAUCCAGGGCUGGGUCAUGUUCGCAUCAGUGUUUUGCUUCGUAGCCACCACCAUCCUGGCCUUCUUGUAUAUAAUUGGUGCCCACGGCAACAGAACCUCAUGGAUCACCCUGGAUGCAGCCUACCACUCUGUCGCCGCCCUGUUUUACUUUGGCGCCUCUGUCCUGGAAGCUCUGGCCACCAUCCAGCUGCAAGAAGGCUUCUACUAUAAAUUUUACCAUGAAAACAUCUCUGCUGUGGUGUUUUCAUAUGUAGCCACUCUGCUGUACGUGGUCCAUGCCAUGUUUUCCUUAAUCAGAUGGAAGUCUUCCUAG